AACACACACACAUGAAAGUGUAAGACAGAUCUCACAAGCUUCACAUAUACCUUUCUUCUCUCUCUCCCUCAAAGCCAAGUAUUUAAUCUCUCUCAUCUCUUUGAGACACUCCACUCUCUCUCUCUCUCUCUCUCUCUCUCUCUCUCUCUCUCUCUCUCUUCUCUCUCUGUCAUUCUCUUAAAAAAGGUCCACUAUAAAUGAGGGCUUGAGCUGUGGGAUGCUUCUCUGUCUGGUUUAUGAUAAAAACAAAAAUGGGUCUCUAGAUUUCUGAUUUCCUGGAUCUGGGUCUUGCUUUAUCUUCCAUUAUCUGUUAAAAAGCUACCUCCUUUCCUCCAGAUUCACUCGCUCUAAAGAUGGCUCCAAGGUUGGAUUUUUCAGAUUGGUGGGCGAAAGACACGAGGAAAGGAACACCAGUCGUGGUCAAAAUGGAGAAUCCAAACUACUCCGUAGUCGAAAUCCAAGGUCCAGAUUCAGCCUUCAGACCAGUGGAGAAGAGCAGAGGCAAGAACGCAAAGCAAGUCACUUGGGUUCUGCUUCUCAAAGCUCACAGAGCCGUUGGUUGUCUCACUUGGUUCGCUACUGUCUUCUGGUCUCUCCUCAGUGCCAUCAAGAAACGCCUCAGCUUCACUCACCCGCUUGGCUCUGAGAGGUUAGGAAGAGACAGGUGGCUUUUCACAGCCAUAAAGCUCUUCUUAGCUCUUUCCUUGGUGAUUCUCGCGUUCGAGACUGUUGCUUACUUCAGAGGAUGGCAUUACUUCGAAAGCCCGAGUCUUCGCAUCCCCACUAGCACGCUUGAGAUCCAGAGCUUGCUUCAUCUUGUCUACGUUGGCUGGUUAAGGUUAAGAGCUGAUUAUAUUGCUCCUCCAAUCAAAGCUCUCUCCAAGUUUUGUAUUGUGCUCUUCCUUAUACAGUCUGUGGACCGUUUGAUUCUCUGCUUGGGCUGUUUUUGGAUCAAGUACAAGAAAAUCAAACCGAUGUUUGAUGAGGAACCGUUCCGUAAUGAUGAUGCUGAGGGAUGUGGCUAUGCUUAUCCAAUGGUUCUUGUUCAGAUACCAAUGUGCAAUGAAAGAGAGGUGUAUGAACAGUCUAUAUCUGCUGUGUGUCAACUUGACUGGCCAAAAGAUCGAAUCCUGGUUCAGGUUCUUGAUGAUUCCAACGAUGAAAGCAUCCAACAAAUGAUUAAAGCUGAAGUUGCCAAAUGGAGCCAAAAGGGAGUCAACAUAAUCUACAGGCAUCGCUUGGUUAGAACCGGAUAUAAAGCUGGUAACCUCAAGUCAGCUAUGAGCUGUGAUUACGUGGAAGCGUACGAGUUUGUAGCGAUCUUUGAUGCUGAUUUUCAACCUAAUCCAGACUUCCUUAAACUAACAGUUCCACAUUUCAAGGACAACCCAGAGUUAGGUCUGGUUCAAGCUAGGUGGACGUUUGUGAACAAAGACGAGAACUUGUUGACCCGUCUUCAGAACAUCAAUCUGUGUUUCCACUUUGAGGUUGAGCAGCAAGUGAGCGGCGUGUUCUUGAACUUCUUUGGCUUUAACGGAACAGCUGGAGUCUGGAGAAUCAAAGCCCUUGAGGAAUCUGGUGGAUGGCUUGAAAGAACAACUGUUGAGGAUAUGGAUAUAGCAGUCCGUGCACAUCUCCAUGGAUGGAAGUUCAUAUAUCUUAACGAUGUCAAGGUCCUUUGUGAAGUUCCUGAGUCCUAUGAAGCAUAUAAGAAGCAGCAACACCGUUGGCAUUCAGGACCUAUGCAGCUUUUUCGCUUGUGUCUUGGUGCAAUCUUGACCUCUAAGAUAGCGAUAUGGAAGAAGGCGAAUCUGAUACUACUCUUCUUCCUUCUAAGGAAACUCAUACUUCCUUUCUACUCCUUCACAUUGUUCUGCAUCAUCCUUCCACUAACCAUGUUUGUACCAGAAGCUGAGCUCCCCGUUUGGGUCAUCUGCUACAUACCGGUUUUCAUGUCAUUCCUCAACCUCCUCCCGUCUCCCAAGUCGUUCCCUUUCAUCGUCCCUUACCUCUUGUUCGAGAACACAAUGUCUGUCACCAAGUUCAACGCCAUGGUCUCGGGUCUAUUCCAGUUGGGUAGCUCUUACGAGUGGAUAGUCACAAAGAAAGCUGGAAGAUCAUCAGAGUCGGAUCUUUUAUCUAUCACGGAGAAAGAGACGCCAAACAAGAAAAGCCAGUUGCUUAGGGGAGUUUCAGACAGCGAGCUUUUGGAGCUGAACCAACUCGAAGAGCAGAAGAAACAAAAGAAACCCGUCAAGAAAAUCAACAAGAUAUACCACAAGGAGCUCGCGUUAGCCUUUCUUUUGCUCACUGCAGCGGUGAGGAGUCUCUUGGCAGCUCAGGGAGUGCAUUUCUACUUCUUGAUGUUCCAAGGUGUCACCUUUCUUCUUGUGGGUCUCGACCUCAUUGGCGAGCAGAUGAGUUGAAGUAACAGAGAAAGCUUGAUUGAUAGAUUCAGUGAGACUCGAGUCAAUAAAUCAGUGAGUUUUAUUUCUCUAUAAUGAGAUUUGUUCGAAACCAUAGUUGGUAGGCAUUUAUUUCUUUUCAUGUUUGUUUGUUAUGUUUGUUUGAUUUCUCAAAUUGUUAGGGCUUAGAGUGUGUGAGAGGCAAGAGAUUCAGAAAUGUAUACAAUAUCUGUAAAGUUGGAAAACAUGUUGUUGGCAGUUGAAAAAAGAGCUUUUGUCUUGAA